GCGGGCUGCCGUCUUCGAGGCGCAAACUAACUUUGCACGGGCGAAUUAGGGGCAAUCGGCUUCUAGGCAUCAUGCAGUCUUGUGCCCAGUGGUGGGGGCGGCUGGUGGGUCGGGGGGCCAAUCUGCACGGACACCCUGGCAGCGCCUGGGGAGGCAAGAAGCUGCCAGGCCGAUGGGGACGCAGGGAGCAGCUGCGACUGACUUGGGUGAGAAGAAACAGUAGCGCUGUUGGAGCGAGAGCCGCCGCCGCCGCCGCCUCCUCUCGGCAGAUCGAGAAACUCCUGGGCAGGCACGAUGACUUUUCCGAGCGACAUAUCGGACCAGGGGACAAAGAGAAGCAAGAGAUGCUGCAGACCGUCGGUCUGUCGAGUAUUGAUGAGUUGAUCAAUAGAACAAUUCCUGCUAAUAUCCGCUUGCAACGGCCUCUGAAGAUUGAUGACCAUAUAUGUGAAAAUGAAAUUCUUGAAACUUUAUACAGUAUUGCCAGCAAGAAUAAAAUCUGGAGAUCUUAUAUUGGCAUGGGUUAUUACAACUGCUCAGUCCCUCAGGCCAUUGUGAGGAAUUUGUUGGAGAACGCUGGAUGGGUUACUCAGUAUACUCCUUAUCAGCCAGAAGUAUCUCAAGGCAGGCUGGAGAGUCUGUUAAACUACCAGACCAUGGUGUGUGACAUCACAGGGCUCGAUGUGUCCAAUGCCUCACUGCUGGAUGAAGGAACUGCCGCAGCAGAAGCUAUGCAGUUGUGUCACAGGCAUAAUAAGCGAAAUAAGUUUUAUGUCGACAUCCGAUGCCAUCCUCAGACGAUAGCUGUGGUGCAAACUAGAGCAAAAUACACUGGCCUAAGUGUGGAGUUGAAGUUGCCUCAUGAGAUGGAUUUCAGCAGUAAAGAUGUCAGUGGUGUCUUGUUCCAGUACCCAGACACUGAAGGAAAGGUAGAAGACUUCACUGGCUUGGUUGAUGAAGCUCAUCAGAACGGGAGUCUUGUCUGCUGUGCUACUGAUCUCCUUGCCCUCUGCAUCUUGAGGCCUCCAGGGGAGUUUGGAGUCGAUGUUGCUGUAGGCAGUUCCCAGCGGUUUGGGGUGCCUCUUGGGUAUGGAGGACCACAUGCUGCCUUUUUUGCGGUCAAAGAGAAUCUGGUGCGAAUGAUGCCUGGAAGGAUGGUGGGAGUUACAAGAGAUGCUAAUGGAAAAGAAGUAUACCGGCUUGCGCUGCAAACCAGAGAACAGCAUAUCAGGAGAGAUAAAGCUACCAGCAAUAUCUGCACAGCACAGGCCCUUUUGGCUAACAUGGCUGCGAUGUUCGGAGUUUAUCAUGGUGCAAAUGGAUUAAAGCACAUUGCCAAGAGAGUGCACAAUGCUACUCUAAUCUUAGCAGAAGGUUUGAAGAGAGCAGGUCAUCAACUCCAGCAUGACCUGUUUUUUGAUACCUUGAAAAUCCAGUGUGGGUGUGGCAUCGAAGAAGUUUUGCAAAGAGCAGCCCAGAGACAGAUAAACCUACGGAUUCACCAUGAUGGCACACUUGGAGUUUCUCUUGAUGAAACUGUAAAUGAAAAAGACCUAGAUGACCUAUUAUGGAUUUUUGGCUGUGAAUCUUCAGCUGAAUUGGUUGCGGAGAAUAUGGAUGAAGAAACAAAAGGCAUUUUUGCUACUCCGUUUAAGAGAACGUCAAAAUUCCUAACACAUCAAGUAUUCAACAGCUAUCAUUCCGAAACAAAUAUUGUCCGGUAUAUGAAAAGAUUAGAAAACAAAGAUAUUUCUCUUGUUCACAGCAUGAUUCCAUUGGGAUCCUGUACAAUGAAGCUGAAUAGUUCAUCAGAACUUAUACCUAUUACAUGGAAGGAAUUUGCCAAUAUCCAUCCCUUUGUCCCCCUGGAUCAAGCUCAAGGAUACCAGCAGCUUUUCAGAGAGCUUGAAAAGGAUCUGUGUGAGAUCACAGGCUAUGACAAAAUUUCAUUCCAGCCCAACAGUGGAGCUCAAGGUGAAUAUGCUGGGCUAGCUGCAAUCAAGGCUUAUUUAAAUGCAAAAGGAGAAUGGCAGCGAAGUGUCUGCCUUAUUCCUAAAUCUGCACACGGUACCAACCCAGCAAGUGCUCAGAUGGCAGGGAUGAAGAUUCAGCCAAUAGAAGUAGAUAAAAAUGGAAGCAUUGAUGCCAGCCAUCUGAAGGCAAUGGUAGAUAAGCACAAAGAAAACUUAGCAGCUAUCAUGAUCACAUAUCCAUCCACUAAUGGUGUCUUUGAAGAGCAGAUCAGUGAUGUGUGUGAUCUGAUUCACAAACACGGAGGCCAAGUUUAUUUAGAUGGAGCAAAUAUGAAUGCUCAGGUUGGCCUGUGCCGCCCUGGAGACUAUGGGUCAGAUGUUUCUCAUUUAAAUCUUCAUAAAACAUUUUGCAUUCCUCAUGGUGGAGGAGGACCUGGCAUGGGGCCGAUUGGAGUGAAGAAGCAUCUGGCUCCUUUCCUGCCCAGCCACCCUGUCGUUGCCUUACCGCAUGAUGCACGUUCAAGCCCUCUAGGAACCAUCAGUGCUGCUCCUUGGGGAUCCAGCGCCAUUUUGCCCAUUUCCUGGGUUUAUAUCAAGAUGAUGGGAGGAAAAGGCCUAAAACAUGCCUCUGAGAUUGCAAUAUUGAAUGCUAACUACAUGGCCAAGCGACUAGAGAACCACUACAAAAUCCUCUUCAGAGGAGCCAAAGGUUACGUAGCUCAUGAAUUUAUUUUAGACACCCGGCCUUUUAAGAAAACUGCAAAUAUUGAAGCUGUGGAUGUUGCUAAGCGGCUUCAGGAUUAUGGAUUCCAUGCUCCAACCAUGUCCUGGCCAGUAACAGGAACCCUCAUGAUAGAACCGACCGAGUCUGAAGACAAAGCAGAACUAGACAGGUUUUGUGAUGCCAUGAUCAGUAUUCGACAAGAAAUAGCCGAUAUAGAAGAAGGAAGAAUGGAUCCUAGAGUUAACCCUUUAAAGAUGGCCCCACACACCUUGACCUGCCUGGCUGCACCCACCUGGGAUCGCCCAUAUUCUAGGGAAGUGGCUGCUUUUCCACUACUAUUUGUGAAACCUGAAAAUAAGUUCUGGCCUACCAUUGCCAGAAUUGAUGACAUCUAUGGGGAUCAGCAUCUUAUUUGUACCUGCCCACCAAUGGAGGUCUAUGAAUCUCCUUUUGCUGAACAGAAGAGAGCAUCAUCUUAGGACCAGCUUCCUUCUACCUUUGAAUUACCUUUCAGAUCACUGGGCUCAGCUUUUCUUGCUGUAUUUCUAGCAGUCCGUGAAGACAGAUGAGAUCUUCGGCCCAGUGAGCAAACUUUAUAUACAGUGUAUAUUUUUGAAAACUCCAUGCUGUUAAUUAAAUUUCUGUGCAGCUAUUUGUAAAUAUACUUUUAAGUGGCAACUGAUUUGAUACAGUGCCUCAGUUUCCAUACCAAUCCAUGCUAAAGUGGCCUUGAUUAAGCCCCUCUGUUCUCUUCAGAAUCAGGGCUGCUUUUCUGUAAUUAAUAAUAAGCAUGGAACUGUAUGAACAAAAGCAAUACACUGUUUAAACAGUGCCACAACUAUGCAUCUGCUCCCCAAAAUGCUGUGAUACAGAAUUAAUCCCAAUUUCUUUUGGAGAUAGUUUUAUAACGUAUUUGUUUUGGACUUGAGCUGUUAGUACAAUGGAGUUACUAUUUGUUUUGUAGGAAAUGAAGUCAUGGACAACCAUGAACACAGUUUGAUAUGGUCGAAUGCAGUUUUUUUUUUAAAAAAAAAUAGUACGUACCACACUCUGUUAGAUUAUGGUAAUGCAUCUUUGUUGUUUAUAAUUACACAUCCUAGAACUGAUGUUUUUUAAAUUUUCUCCUGUUAAUAUUCCAAUAAAAACCAGCUGAUUUAACA